ACGGACCGCGAGCUCGGCAACUUCGGGGAUCAGCGAGUGCGGGCCUUACCGAGCUAGGCCGCUGCACCGGGGUCGGCACUAGCCUUCAGGCCGCGGGAGCCCGGGGCCCGAGGCCCGAGGGGCAGGAGCCGGGAGUCCGAGGCCCGAGGGGCGGCCGCCAUGAGUGUGAAUGGCAGCAGGAAGCGGAGGAAGAGUUUAAAUCCCUCCCGUUACUCCGGGUUUGAUUCCACAGUUGAAGACGCAGAAGAAAAAAGUCCUGAAGACUAUAACAAUUCAAGUGAUUCACAAGACAUUUGCAUGGCCCUGAGACCAAUAAACUCUGUUUUGAAAGGAGCUAACAAGAGGCGAAGUAGAUUUGAUAACUGGAGCCCUUUUAAUGACCAAGAGAACAGAUUUAACACACAUCAUCCUGAACAUGGAGUUUCAAUGAACAAUAAACACCAAGACAAUGCAAACGAAAGUUCAGUUGGUGAUAGUUUGGAAAGACAGGCCAAGUCCCCUUGCUCAACAGUUCUUUAUCAACAUAAGUGGCCUCUUCGAAAACCGUCUUGUGAUGGGCUGUACAGCUGUGAGCAUUGUAACUUCAACAGCAAGUACCCAUCAGAGCUGAAGCAGCAUGUUAUUCUCAGGCACACAGACACUCUGCCGAACAUCUGUCCAGCUUGUAAACGCGAGUUUCUAACGUACAACCUACUCCAUAAGCACAUGCAGGUCCAUGAAACAGAAGAGCCAAACGCUUGCCAGUUGUGUAGCUACAGUGCAGAAAACCCGAAGGAGCUGGAGUUACAUGUGGCAGAUGUCCACAGCACUGAGUAUCUGUACUGGUGUGAACAGUGCAACAUCCACUUCUGCAGUACUAGUGAGCUGCAUCUUCACUUACAGCAGCAUGAUGGUGAUGAGCAGUACCUCUGUCAGUUCUGUGAGUAUGGCACAGAUGAUGCUGCUGACCUACAUAGCCAUGUCCUUGCUGAACAUGCAUACAGCCUCAUGGAGAUGAAUGACAGCUCCGAAGAUGGUCUUCAGGGACCUGCAGGCUUCUUAAGUAAAGUGAGCUUCGACCGGGAGAGAAAUUUCUUUAUCUGUCAAUCCUGUGGUUACAGGAGCCGGUUGUACGGCAAUGUAAACCGGCAUGUAGCAAUUGAACAUGCCCGUUUCUUUCCAUACGUGUGUGACGAUUGCGGGAAGGGAUUUUGCAACACAGCCGAAUAUAACAAACAUUUGAACUUGCAUUCUUCUCAGGAGAUCUACCUGUGUCAGUACUGUGAUUAUUCGACUGAGCAAAUUGCAAACCUCCUAUCCCACAUUGAUAUAAGCCACGCUGCAGCGCUUCCAUACAAAUGUGAGAUGUGUGUGUUGAGGUUUGCAAAUGAUGGUGAGCUCAUGUGGCAUCUUGCUAAACACAAACAGAACAAUGAGUUGCUGUGGUAUCAGGGAUAUGAUUAUUAAACAUCAUUUUAACUGUGUUACUGUGGCUGUGUCUUGUAGAAUUUCAAGAGUGCAAAACUGCGAUUUGUUUUGAUUAUUUCGAAGAUGUUCCUGUGGAAGAGUGCCAUGUAAAUCCUCACAAGCCUAUCUGACUGUAGAGAAUCCAAAGUGGCUUAAUUUGAGUGUGUGGAGCAUUUUUUUGUUGCUGUUCUAAUUUCACUGAUUGUAGCAGUGCGUAUGAUGGCUGAGAACAAAGCAAGAAAGCAUUCCAAAUUCCAACCUGUCACAAACAUAAAUAUUUUAAAGUGGAAUGUGAACCAUGACUAUAAAUGGGGAACUGUAAAAGCACAGUCUGUACUUGAAAAGUUAAAACAGCAAAAGUUGGAGCUUCCCGUUUGGGUGUGAUCUCAGAUUUGUGCGCACAUUUUGUCUGGAAUUGUUUGGGCAAUGUCUUAGAAAUUUUUUAAAAUUGAAUUUUACUUUAGAAAAGGUCCCUCAUUUAUGAAUAAUAACCUUGUGUGAUGUGAUCAAUACAGCCGAACUUGGGUAUGUCACAGACGGUCAGAAAGUGAAUUAAUGUCUAGUUCACCGCCUGUGAGCAGUCAGCUUUGCAAAUAACUGCAACUACCUUUAAAAACAAAAUUGCAUUUUCUAGUUGUACUGGUUGGCUGAAAUCAGUUUUGGUGAGUUUAAAAUUUUACACUCAAACCCUCUGAAACAUGCUUGUUAGCUACUUGCGUUCAAAGAGCCGUCUUGAAUUUAAAAGUCUCCAUGAAUUUUGCAAAUUAAUGGAAGCUUGUAACAGUUCAUUCAGUCUGUAGACGUAUCCGAUUUGUGACAGAGUCAGCUUUCACCACAAUGUUGUUUAAACUAGCACGGAAGAUAACAGAAAUUUAAUUUGGGUUUAAAUUUUUGAAUAUUAUAACUGAUUUCCAGUGAAUUGCAGUGAAAGGCCAUUUGGUUGAACGGUGCCGGAAAUUCCAGACUCUUUGGCAAUUUUUUUUCUUGAAGAUUAUUUUAUAAUUUUAAUUUUUACAAUGGCAAGCCAGGAUUUUAGAAGUCAUAGUUGUUUUGAGAGAACCCAAGAUAACAGGAGAGAGAGAAUCUUCUGCAUUUCGAAACAGAUCAUUGGGGUAAUAUUUAGCUGUAUUUGUUGUUCAUAAACUAGGCUAUCCCAAACAAAACUGGGUAUUGGGAGAAGAAUUAAAUUUUAGGCAGAAUUAUAGAACAGAAUUAAAUUUGAAUGGAUCUCAACAAAAGAUAAAUAUCCCAAGGCGCCGAAGCAAAGAUAUCCAAGAAAACCUUACUGUGGAAAACAAUCCUACAAUGAACAUAGAACAUAGAACAGUACAGCACAGAACAGGCCCUUCAGCCCACAAUGUUGUGCCGACCAUUGAUCCUCAUGGAUGCACCCUCAAAUUUCUGUGACCAUAUGCAUGUCCAGCAGUCUCUUAAAUGACCCCAAUGACCUUGCUUCCACAACUGCUGCUGGCAACGCAUUCCAUGC